CCGUAUCUUGUCGAGGGGAUACAGCUUCCUACAUCUGUCGGAGAGCUCUUGAACUCUUUGGGACCGACAAUAACAAACAUUUUUUCAGGCAAAGCGCUUAAAGCAUGUGAGCAAAAGGCGUAAUUCAUAAGUAUUGCUCAUCGUAUUAAACCACACGCUCAAACUGGUCCUUCAAAAUCUUUAUUGUCGUCACCACGGUGCUUAAUUGAAUUGUUGAUGGGACAAAGGGUUUCGUUUCCUGUACCAAACAGGAUGCGCCUGCAGAAAAGGCAAAGAAAUCACACCGGUGGCUUAAACGGAACAAAAUGAGUUGUAGUGCGGCUUUGGUUGAAAAACGGCUGCCCAUUAUUGGGUGGAUCAGGACCUAUGACACCUCUUGCUUUGUGGCCGACCUGAUAGCUGGGUUGACAGUCGGUCUCACGGUCAUUCCGCAAGGUAUGGCUUGCGCGGUUAUAGCAGGUCUUCCACCGCAGUAUGGUUUGUACUCCGCCUUCAUGGGCUGCUUCGUCUACAUCUUCUUUGGAAGCUGCAAAGACAUAACAAUCGGGCCAACUGCAAUUUCAGCUAUGCUAGUGAAACCUUACGUUGACAAAUUCGGACCCGACGUGGCGGUAAUGAUUUGCUUCCUGUCAGGCUGUUUCGUCUUUUUGCUCGGCGUAUUCCAACUAGGAUUUCUGGUCGACUUCAUAUCAAUGCCUGUGAUAAUAGGAUUCACAUCCGCGGGUGCAAUUAGCAUUGCUUCCAGUCAGGUCGCAGCUUUGCUCGGAAUUAAAGGUGGUGGACACACUUUUCUGGAAUACUGGAUUAAAGUUUUUGAAAACAUUGAAAAUACGACAAUCUGGGAUCCCGUCCUAGGAUUUUCGUGUAUCGCUAUUUUGCUAUUUAUGAAGUAUAUGACAAAUUGGUUUAAGCCAGCAGUUCCAAGAUCUGAGAUGACCGUUGGUAAAAAGAUUUGGACUGGAACGCUAAAAUACCUUUCGCUUGGGCGCAAUGCGCUGGUCGUUUUGAUCAGCACAGUGAUUGUGUUUCUAAUCAUGGAAAAUGGAAUUUCACCGGUCGCCAUCACAGGUGACAUCGAGGAAGGAUUUCCUGAUGUCGGCUUUCCCAAUUUUGAAGUGGUCUACCAAAAUGAAACACUGCCUUUUCCAGAGGCCUUUGCUGAGCUCUCCUCAAGCAUCAUCAUUCCAUUUGUGCUAGUGCUGGAGUCGAUCGCUAUAGCUAAGGCAUUUGCAAACGGGAAAACUAUUGAUGCGACUCAAGAGAUGAUCGCUCUUGGUUUGAGCAACAUCGUUGGCUCAUUUUUCCAGUCUUUUCCGACUACUGGAUCUUUUACAAGGACUGCUGUGAAUAACGCUUCAGGGGUGCGAACACAAUUAGGUGGACUCUAUACAGGUGCUGUUGUAUUGCUGUGUCUUGGUUUGUUGACCUCCACACUUAAGUUCAUGCCGAAAGCCACCCUUGCCGCCAUCGUCAUUUGCGCUGUGAUAUUCAUGAUUGAAAUCCAUGAACUAACAAUGUCUCUCUGGAAGUCAAAGAAAAUUGACUUGAUUCCUCUCUACGCAACCUUUAUCUCGUCGCUAAUUAUUGGAAUAGACUACGGCAUGAUGAUCGGAAUUGGGGUCAACGUUCUAUUUAUCUUUCACGAGGCGGCUAGGCCGAAACUAUCAAUGGAAACGUUAUCGGUUUUAAACAAGGAGGUGAUUAUUGUCAGCCCAGACAGAGGCAUAACAUAUCCAGCGGCUGAGCAUGUGAAAGACAUAAUUAACAGACAGUCUGCUCAGCAUGUGGGUUCAGACUUGCUGGUUGUUCUCGACGGAAAGAGAAUUUAUAGCUUGGAUUCAACUGCUGUCAGGGUUUUGAAAUCUCUUCUUGAAGAUUUAAGAAUAAAGAAUCACUAUAUUUACUUUUGGAACUGGAACAAGCAAAUAGCUGACAUCUUUGUAUCUUUUGAUGGUAAAGAUAGCGAACUGUUUAAAUUUGAUUGCACCGUGGAGCAACUAGUAUUGAACGAUGAAGAUUCGUUGGUCCAAACGAGAAGAAGAAGCUCCAGUGCUUCCUCAUCGACCUCUUCAGAAUCGACCGAACAAGCGUGGACAGAAGAAAAAAUGCAAGUUUGAAAGUCAGCAGCUUAGAUUUUUGUGAUUUGUAGAUCAAAAUAGUUAUACUAUAUAUAUACAUUUAUUUAUCAAACAAUGCAGAUAACGCGUUAUUUUAAAACUUUAUUUGUGCAUCCAAGUGAGAACUGAAGACUUUGGAAAGUUAAUGCUAAUAUAAUUAUCAGCAUAUAGGAGAAAUAGAUACAAGAAAACGCGUGAUAAGCUGAAAACAGCAACACAACAAUUAUUGUAAUGAUGAAAAUAAAAUUACAUGGCUUUACAGUCUAUAUUUUUGCUAAA